AGUAAAACUGAUGACACCAAGCGGUUGCCAUGGGAGAUCACGUGACUAUGCUGCCAAGCAAGCAAGCAGGCAGGCAGGCAGAGUUGACCAGAGAGUGGAGCCAUGUUUCUGCCACACACAAGAUGCACUGAAUAUUUGGACUUAAACUCACCCCCGAGAUGAAGAGCAGUGUGCAGUGUGGAUCGAGGCGUGAGCCAUGCGCUGGAAGAGCGAGGUCAAAGUUCAAUGCUGCGUGGUGGACGGAGGCCCCGGCAAUGAGGGUCCACAGGCGGAGGUGGCGGAUGAAGAGGCGUCCACCCUGCAGACCAUGUCCGCCGCGCCUCUUCUGAGCAGAAGUGUGUGUGCGAGCUGCAACCAGGAAAUAGCAGCGGUAGUCAUGCCCCGUGGGCCUGGCGGAAGAGAUAAAUGCUCCUCACCUCGCUGUGUUUACCGCUGUGCCCUGCAGGUGAGCGACCUGUGCUGGCAUGUGCGCUGCCUGUGCUGCAGCGUGUGCCAGGCGGCGCUUGGCAGCCACGCCAGCUGCUACAUCAAGGACAAGGAGGUCUUCUGUAAGAUGGACUACUUCAGAAGGUUUGGCACGUGGUGCGCGUGCUGCGGCCGCCACAUCCACUCCACAGACUGGGUGCGCCGCGCCAAAGGGAGCGUCUACCACCUGGCCUGCUUCGCCUGCUUCUCCUGCAAGAGGCAGCUGUCCACUGGGGAGGAGUUCGCCCUGGUGGAGGGCAAGGUGCUGUGCAGGGUCCACUACGACUGCAUGCUGGACAACCUCAAGAGGGCCGCGGACAAAGGCAGCAGUGUGAACAUGGAGGGAGCCGUGCCCACUGAACAGGAAAUUAACCAGCCCAAACCCUCCAAGAGAGCGCGGACCAGCUUCACUGCCGACCAGCUGCAGGUCAUGCAGGCUCAGUUUGCGCAGGACAACAACCCGGACGCGCAGACGCUGCAGAAACUGGCCGAGCAGACGGGCCUCAGUCGGAGGGUCAUACAGGUGUGGUUCCAGAAUUGCCGGGCGCGCCACAAAAAGCACGUGAGCCCCAACCACACGUCCAGCGCCCCGAUGACCUCGCUACAGCCGGGCCGCCUGCAGGCUCAGCCCACGCCCACCCCCGAGGAGCUGCAGUACGCGGCCUACGCGGGCCCGGAAGGUUCCAUGCUGUCCGCGCUGCACUCCUUCAUAGACAUCCAUUCCGCUUCAUCUAUGUUUCAACCACUGAUGCCAACCCAGUACGCCAUGACCCCACGGUUGUGGAGGCAUACAAAAAAUGAGGUAAAAUGGCCACUGUCCAGUUAGCUCAUACACGUCUUUAAAUCUCUGAAUUGAUGAAGUAAUGUGCUGAUCAUUCUUACUGGGGACCCUGGGGAGAAAAAAUAUUAAUAUGGUUCAUGGGGACCAAAUUUAAAUACAUUUGCAUAAUGCACACAAAUUUGUAUGUAACUACAGAGGACCAUUUAAAAAAAAAAAAAAGUUCAAAUGAAAUAUGACAUGAUCCUCAGAAUACAGCACUACAGCUGUCCUCUUAUAGCACAGGUGGAAGCCAUUAACUAUACAGAGCAGAGCAGCGAGUGCAGUACCAGCCACAGCCCGAUGAGGGGGCUGCUGUGCAAAUGUCUCUCACACAAACUAACCAGUAAACCUGUUUUAUGGGCCAAAGCUUAAAAAAAAAACACUUAGGCAUCUUCAGAAUGGAUCUGACUAUCAUUAGGGGACCUGGGUUUUUUUGUCCCCAUACCGUCAGAGGUCGCCUAAAGUGACUGUGUAAACAGAGCGAUGUCCCCAUUAAGUAAGCAUUGCCAGAACACACAAUUGUAACGAUACUGUUGACCUUUUUUUUUAAUUUUUAUUUUUUAAAGUACAGUACUGUACACGAGGGCAGGGAGACUUCACUGCACCUUACCGGCAUUCUCACGUUUUGACAGGUUUUAUUGAAAGUGAAGUGAAUUAUAUUUAUAUAGCGCUUUUCUCUAGUGAAACCCAAUAUCUAAGUUACAUUUAAACCAGUGUGGGUGGCACUGGGAGCAGGUGGGUAAAGUGUCUUGCCCAAAGACACAACGGCAGUGACUAGGAUGGCGGAAGCGGGAAUCGAACCUGCAACCCUCAAGUUGCUGGCACGGCCACUCUACCAACCGAGCUACACCGCCCUAAAAUAAAUUAACUGCACACUACAAUAAAUUUCCAUUUAUUGUAGUUUGCAGUAUUGCACAAUUGCGAUGAGAGUGCUCUGUAAUAUUUCACCUAAUAUGCCGCAGCUCUCAGUAUUCAUAUCCAGUAUGGCUGGCGUGGCUCAGAUGGUAGAGCGCCCAUGCCAGCAACUUGAGGGUUCCAGGUUCCCAUCCUGGCCAAGACACUUUACCAAAACUGGCUUAAAUAUAGAUAAUGGGUUUCACAAUUUGAGUCUCUAGAGAAAAAGUGCUAUAUAAUUAUAAUUAACUUGUUACCCAACAGCAUUAACCUUCCUCUUGUGUUAACAUAAGAGAUGGUAACAGAAAGCUAACGGGUCGGUUUUGACCCAUGUCUUAAAUCAGCUGUAAAAUACACUAAAAACAAUUAUCUAUCAUCCAAUUUGUUUCUCAUCUCUUGGUUACCUCGUUAGGUUUCCUUAUCCUUGAAAAUAUUGGUUUCAAUAUUUUUGGUUUGGGCCAUUGGGCCAUUUUUUGUCAGUAUACCCCUCGAUUUCAAUUUUUAAAAAUGGUAAAACGAACCUCAAGAGAAUCAUAUACAUAAAAAAAAGGUUGUUGUGUUACCUAACUAUUACUAAGGGGUAUUAGAACACAUCUCUUAAAUAAAUGUGUUUUAUUUAUUUUUUCAUUUUAAGAAUUUUAACUAUAGUAACAUCUAUGGUGUUACGGGUCAAUUUCGACCCAUAUAUAUUUACUUCAAGAAAAAGGCUAAAAAGUAUUUUUUUCAGCAACAGAACAACAGAAAUCCAACAUCAAACAAACAACAACCAAUCAAGCAAAUGAAACCAAGAGAAAUAGAUUACUAGUUCCAAAACUAAUAAAAAACAAAAUCAGAGUGGCAAAAAGUGACACUAUUAGUGUCCGUCUUUUGUUUUUGUACAGGAUAACAAGGUAAAAUGAGAAUCCACUAAAGCUCACAUGAUUGGGAGAGGAGCUGGCUGUCAAUGUGUUCAGUUUUGGCUCUUAUCAUUGCUUUAUCAGCUUAUUUUUAGAACUGGGUCGAAACCGACCCUAACAACACCAAGGGCAUAAUUUCUACCAGAGCAUUUUAUAAUUUAGUGAAAAAAAUUCAAAUGUUUUAUUUUGUUGACAAAGAGGUUCAGAGCAUUUUAUAAUUUAGUGAAAAAAAUUCAAAUGUUUUAUUUUGUUGACAAAGAGGUUCCUGACAAAGUCAAAAAGCUUUGAUGCAAAAAAAUAAAUGUAUGUGGUGUUUUUAUGCAUUUAAAAACUAAAACGGGUCGGUGGCGACCCUAACACAAGACGAAGGUUAAAAAGUAUGCACUACACAGUAUUUGGUGAAACCUCCCUGCUCGCUGACCAUUUCAUCCAAACAUGCUUAUGAAUCGUUUCAACAAAGUGAAUACUUGCUGUUUUAAUUUAUUGUGUGUAUGUGGAGUCUUUUGUCGCGAAAAUACAUUUCACAAAUAAAACAUGACUUUUGAGA